GUCGCUAACGGAACUAUUCUAUUUACACGAGUUUAACUCACAGGAUAUCGGGUUGGCGUGUGGACACGAGCUCAUCUUUAUUGUAACUAUUAUUAUUUGCCAAUACCAGGAUUACAAUGAUUCGCAGAUCCAGGAUCAGUGUACGGCCGAAUGUGCGGCCUGGAAACCGAUCGACAACUACUUCUCAGGACACAUCCCAGAAGAAUCAAGACUUUUCUUCACAGUCUUCUGUGAGCUUAGAACUGACUGAAACAGCACAAGAACAGCCUUUGUUUACUGAAGCAGGCAAGAGUUACACAGAGAAGCCUGAGACAGCUGCCUCUUGCCAGAUUGAUGUAUCUCAAAGCAGAAAGCAAUUCUCGGGACCUCAGUGGAAGGAAGAACCACCCAGUGUCAGCCUGUCCGAGCCACAUUAUUCUGCCUCCUUCACAGAAAUUACACAUGACAAAACCACCUCCCCUCAAUCUCCUUCUAACAGAUGCACUCUCUCUUCACAUAAGCAUUCAACCUCAGUCAAAUCCUCCCUCCCCAGAAUUACCAUCAACACAGAUGAAACCACUCCAUCAACAGCCUUUGUGCAAGCGAAGGCAAACUACAAAGCCCCACAGAAGCCUAAGGUCCGACAGAGCUCCACUGCUGAUCCUAAACAGUGCAGAUUAAGGCAUAGAGAGGACAUCCCUAUCCAGCAGCAGCCAGAUAUAAUGUCUCUUAAUAAAGAAAACAAAGAGAUUCUGGAGUCAAAUACUGAGGAAGAGAGGGCACUGAAAGUGUCAAGUCUACAGCCAGAUUCCUUUUUAGGUAUAGGUGGUUCUAAGGUUUCAGAGGUUGAACCAACAGUUUCCUCCGAGCAAGACAUAACUCUGACCUCAGAGAAAGAUAAUUACAAAUGGACUAAUAAGGACUCAUCUGCUAUGCGACCACAAGGCCUAAAUGACCCUGCUGAUCGAAUCCGUUUGGGGAAAGCUCAAAAACUGCGGGAACUGCUGAAGCUAGAGAUUUAUAAGGAGCGGAGCCAGAAGACCUUAACGGAGAAAACAAAAAGGAUACAAUAUGAGACUCUGAAAGACCACAGCAAGAUGACCAUGAGGGAACUUAUUUACUAUCUGCCAAAAACCAACCCAAUGAAAUCAUAUCAGGAAAAGGACCAGCACAGCAAUGAAACCACCCUUUCUUCACCAGAUCCUUCUGAAGUCUCAGAGGAGAUACCAGCACAGUUGGAACAGCAGAUUCAAUCGCAACAUCAUGUGGAAGAACAGGAACAGACCCAUGAGGAAGAUUUGUCAGAAUCUGAGCCCAACGAACCGCUGCUGGUACCCCAGGUGAAGGUAGCAGAGGAUGGUUCACUGAUCAUCGAUGAGGAGAGUUUGACAGUAGAAGUACUUCGUAACAAGGGACCAAACCUUUCUGAAGACCGAGACCCUAUAUUUGAGCGUGGCUCAACAACUACAUACUCCAGUUUUCGUAAGGGCAGCUACACUAAGCCCUGGUCAAGUCAAGAGACCGAUAUGUUCUUCCUGGCCAUUAGUAUGGUAGGCACAGACUUUUCAAUGAUUGGCUCGAUGUUUCCACACAGAGCUCGCUCUGAGAUUAAGAACAAAUUCAAGAAAGAAGAGCGUGCCAAUGCCUGGAGGAUAGACAAAGCCUUCCGAGAGAAACGCCGCUUGGAUCUGGAUUUUUUCACAGAACUGCUUGAAAAGAUCUUGGCUGAUGAAGAAAGAAGGAAAACAAAUAAAGUAAAACCUUCUAUGGGAGCCAGAGUGCAGCAGAGGAAAGACAAGAAAAAAAACAGAGUGAGAAAGCCCUUAAAGGCUGCCUCGGAUACGGAAGGUUCUGCAGAGGAAAAUUCAAUUGGUGAUUUUACAGAGGGAGAAAAAGAAAAUGAGCACAAUGUCAAUGAACAUGGAACAAGUGAUGGCAAAAACAGCAGAAACAGUAGAGAGGGAGGUGAUUGUUAUCCAAUGACGGAUAGACAGACACUCGACACAGAAUACAAUGAGGCAGCUACUGGCAGAUUAGCUGCUGAUGAGAACUCACACAGUGAUGGAAGGGACUCCGAGAUGAGGCACACUUCCCUGGUGUGUGACCUCCAGCAGAGAACACACCCUAAACUUCCACUGAGAGCCUUAGGGAAGGCUGGACAAAAUGCCCCAAUUGGAGAUUGUGCCACUGAGGAGACUGAGGGAGUCUCUUCACAGAUGACCAGGAGAUCUGAGACAUCUCCAACUUCAAGAACAAGAAGGAACAAGAAGGAGGGUGUUGAAGUAAAUGAAUUGCCCAACAAGUCCACCAGGUUGAAGAGGACACUGAAACAACCUCAACCACACGUCCCAAAGGAGAGGUCCACGGAAAUAAAAGGUCACACACUCUCAAACUCAAAUGAUUAUCUUCCUGAUAUUGCGAGUCGGAGUAAACCAGUGACAAUUGUGCAUGGCAGCCGGAAAAAACGGACUGGGCUUGUUACCAUUCGAGCAUCGGUCUCUGAAGAGGACAUGGAAGUACAAGAAACAGAUAUACAGGAGCCUGGAAUUCUACAAGAUUGCUAUCCCACAAACCCUGAAGACCAGAACCAAGUGCCGGCUUUUGUGCCCCUGGGUCUUCGCUCUCCUUCGCUUGUAAAUGUAGUGGUUGAGGAAGCUGUUGAGGAGGAUGUUGUUGACUUUAUUGCUCCAGAAAACCUUGAAGUAUCUGAGGAAAGUUAUAAGGAGGCAGCCCAAACUCUGCUGACCAUUGGAAACCCAGGUCAUGUGAGACAGAUCAACUGUGCAUCUAAUUCCGAAAUUGCAACUCAGGAACAGCUCACUAGUACACAUACAGACCAUGGAAGAACAGUUUCUUCAGAGCCUGACAUGGACAGGAGUGUCCAUGGAGCCUCAUUUUCCGGCAGAAAUUCAAGACCGGUAGUAGAAGUCUCAACAGAUGUGUCUCAGCUGGCAGAAACUAACUGCGAGGAGCCGAUAUUCAUCAUUUCCCUAACUGAAAUAUCACCGUCCUUCAUAGAAACACUUCCCCCUGACACUGACCCCCCCCUCUCCCACACUGAGCUACUCCUCUGUAAUCCAGAACCUCUCCAAUCUCUCACAGAAACUCUCCCCUCUGAUACAAAGUCACUUCCAUGCGUCACCGACACGCUUCCCUCGAAUGCAGAAUGUCUGCCAUCUUUUUCAGAAAUGUGCUCGACUUCCCAUGAGCCCCCCACAUCUCUCACAGAGCCCCAUAACUUGGUCACAGACAUUUUCCCUUCACUGAAAGAGACUCCUCCUUCCAUUACAGAUAAUCCUCCCACUGUUAUAGGGCCUCUGUGUUCUAUCACAAAGCCCAAUCCAAUGACCGGACAAUUGAACACAAGACUAGUGCAAGGUAAUGGAGAUAUCAUUGAGACUGAUAGAAGAGCAGUGCCACAUCUGAUGGUCACUGAUGCUCUGGUACCUGUGCCAAAGGAAGAGGAAGGAGACAAGAAUAAGCAACUUGUGUGUAAUAUAGACAUCUCAUCACCAAAUCUUAUUCUAGAGACUUCAGCCAUCCAACGGGCACAACACAAGUGCGAUCAGGUCUUCCUUUAAGACAGGUUUCAGCUAAGUAUAUCCAAGCAAAGACCCCCCCUGUUUCUCAAAUCUGCAAAACUGAUCAGUCAAGCUGUAUACCUUCAUCUUAUGUGAACUUACCA